UUCAUUGCAUCAAGAGAUUUAAACUCGAACUAUAAUAUCAGAAGAGAUUUAAAUCAAAUUAUAAUAUCAGAAAACAAAAAGCAACGCGAAGACUUCUUCAAGUAUGCGAGCUAUUUUCGGAACUAGUGCGCCGACUCAUUCUCGAUAGUGGAUAUUUAUUAUCGAGAAUUGCUGACAGCCCAUUGUGUUAUUCGCGCUAUCAGUAAACGAAGCGAGUGAAAGCGCACCCGCGACGGAGAUACAAGAAAGCGCGACGAUCUACGAUCAAUUGAUGUGGGAGAAGAGCCUCGCGCUUGACAUGCCGCGAUCAAUGUAAUUUGACGAAUUGAUGAUGGAAUGUAGUUUCGCGGAGACGUGACUAUCUUUCCGAUCGUUCGUGGCACGUUGACAGAAACAUCCCCAGACCUUGAAUCAGACAUGAGAUUUAACGAUAAGGAGCUCGCAGAGGCGAGCUUUGGACCCGCGGAUUUAGAAGGACGAUUAAAUCACAAGCGGGCACAUAAGUCAGUAUUCAAGGAGAAAUGGUUCAAACUGCGAUACAAUCUAUUGUUUUACUUCAACAUCAAUGACUUGGGGCAGAUCGACAGGCGGCAACCUGCUGGGGUCAUUAUUCUAGAGAAUUGUAAUAUCAAUGUAGAUAAUUCAUCUGAAGGAGCAUUUGCAUUUAGCAUUUCAUUUCGUGAUGAGCUGGACAAGCGGCAUGUGCUGAGUGGUCGUUCCGAAUCCCAAGUAGAACAGUGGAUUAAUGCACUUAAACAAGCGAGCUAUGGAUAUUGGAGGUCUCGGUUAAUCACGCUUCAAGAAAAAUUGUGCAAGAAAACGGGCAAAGAUCCAUUGCUCAUGUAUCCUAGAAAUCAAGGUGUAGUGCGAGAUGAGGCUUGGGAACCUGCCUCUAGCUUUAGAUCUCAUGUACGUUCAUUCACAACAUCGGUCGCAUUAUCGCCUACUUUGAAUACGAUAACAAGGGAAGUUAAUCUCAUAGAUCUUUAAUAUCAGAGAUUGACUUUAGAAUAAUUAAACUAAAAGUUGAUCUGUGGCCUCAUGAAAUUUAUAUUUUAGACAAAUACGUGUAUAUGUAAUCAGUGCAAGAAUAUUUAAUGCAAAGCUGCCGAGUAAGCAAGUUUUAGAAAGUAAAUAUUGUAUGAGCUUUAAUAAUUUAUAUAGCAUAAUAUAGCAUAAUAUAUGGACUCUCUGAAUCUAUACAAAGAAAAAUAGAAAUAUUAUAAUUAGGCAAUAUAAUUUACUUUAAAUAAUAAUUUUGUUUAAGAAAAUAUGAGAAAAGUUAUCAAAAUAUGAUAAAUACUAAAAAAUAAAAAGUAUUUCUGAGGAAAUUAUUCUUUUUUUAAGACAAAAAAGGCUCUGGGAAUAGAGAAGAAUUAAAUUAUAUAAAGUAAUGAUAAUUUCAAAUAUGAAUUUAUUUAUUUAAAAUAUAUACAAAUAAUAUAUACAACGAACAAAUUGUAUUAAUUUUUAAUAUAAAUUAUAAUAUAAAAAGGAAUUAUGUGAGCGAAUGCUUAGUAAUACUUCGAUGAUUAAAUGUUAAUAUUUUUAAAUAGAUAAUAAGAUAUACUUAUGUUAUAUGAGAAGAAUAAAAUUCGUGGUUAUUUACCAUUCUACCUCUAUGAAUUUAAUGAAGUAUUUAAACUAAAUGAAUACUCAAUUUUAUUUGUAACAAAAUUGUGUAAUAACAAUAAUUGAUUGGAAA